AAAUUUAUUGCCUUGCCCUUCACGUUCCCUCUAUAAUCUUUGUGUUUGUUUUUCUUUUUGACUAUAGAGCUUCGUCGACCGCUUCGCGGUCAACUUCUUUGCUUCCUUCUUUUUUCUAUGCCAAAUGUUCCUUUUAUUUGAUUUUAAAUUGUUUAUUGUGACUCAUUUAAAAUUACCUAAAUUUUUAUUUAAUUUCUCUAAAGUUAAGUUAAUUAAAAUAAAAAUUGCUACUUCUUAAUAAUAUUGAAAAGAGCAGCAGCUCCAUCUUCUAACUAUGUGUGAAUUUUUAAGGUACUAUAUUUCAUUUGGAUUUGGAAAUGUGAGUGUGCCCUUCUAUGUUUAAUUUUCAUUGCUAUAACUGCGAGAGUACAUUCGAUUAUUUUCGAUUUAAAUUCGAGAUUUCUCACUCAUGUCUUUUUUUCUAAAGGAAAAUGUCCUUCAUUAAAUUUGCGCAUACCUCUCUCCACGCCCUCCCUUCCCACUAAUAGAAACACUCGCCGUCUCAUUUUCUAAAGGAAAACUCCCUCAUUCUCCCUACGAGAAAGUUGACUGGAGAAGGGGAAAUUUUAUUAAUUUUCAACAAAUUUUUCAAGCUGCGUAAAAUUUUUCUUUCUUCAGUUCGCACAGUUCGCACAGUUUGCAUCAUCAUGGCUUCACAAAGAAAAUUCUUCUCCUUCUAUUUGCAAAAAUUAGUGCACGAAGAUGUAAUGAGAGAUGAAGGAGAAGGAAUUGAAGGACCAUCGACACAACGAACGGACAGAAAAAGAAAAAUGGACCAAGACGCAGACAAGGACAAAAGUAAAGGGAAAAAAAUUAAAAUUAUUGACGAGAGUGACACCGAUGACGAACAAGAAGAACAGAAAAAUAAAAUUCCCGACAAUAGCAACACUUACGAGGACAGUGAUGACGGGUACAUUUUAGAAAUUGACGACAGUGACACCACCACUGACGACGAACAGGAACAGGAUGACAAUAGUGACAGUGACAGUGACGAUGAUGACGAUGAUGAUGAUGAUGAUGAUGAUGAUGAUGAUGAUGAUGAUAAAACAUUUUUAUCAAAAUUGGUGGAAGGAGUAGACUUUUAUUACUGGAAAGGAGUGAAAUUUCCGCUAAAAAAUUUUUCGAAAAAAAUGAAAAGAAGAGAGCAAAAGCAGAAGAAGAAAAAUCCGGCUUACGUGAUGAAUCAAAAGUUUGUUUAG